AUGAAAGCCACGAAAUCCCUCACAUAUGCCACCGAAAACACUAUUAUCUCUCCAACACUGUUGCUGCGAAGUCACUCAAAUCCAACCCCUAGUGUAUGUGAAUGUGGGUCAUGUUUUCAUGAAGAAAUCCCAAUUAAUGUGUUGCCUAGCAAAUUGUUCACUGCUAAACCUGGAAGACUAGUGUCUGCCAUCAAUACUUUAGUCGAAAGUAUCUCUAAGCAAAAAGUUGGCUCCAACGACUCCAUCCAAUAUACUUUUAACAAAAUGGGUAAGAUGACAUCCAGUGCAGCUGGAGACGGACAGUAUUGGUGGGACGACUUAUUGUUCGUACAAGGCGAAAAGUCGGAGACCUUAACACCAUUUACUCUUAUUCUUCGAGCGUUAAUCCGCUUCGAAGACCUCUAUGCUAAUAACCAAAGAAACUGCUUGACUGAAAUAAUUAAUAUUUGUCGUUCGUGUAAUCAUAAGAAAAAACCAGACUAUAAAUCAACUCGUUUAAAAUUUUAUAUUGGAUUGAGUUCAUACGUCAACAGUAUUGAUAUGUUUUGUUGGUCUCCUGGUUCACGAGAUAUUGCCUUUGAAUUUGUUCUAGCUUGGAGUACUCUAAUCAUAAACGAGAGUGGUUUGCAACAUAUUGGCCGUAGUAACCUUGCUCCAGAAUCAUUUGGUGUGAUUGAGAAUUGGGCUGAAUAUUUAUCAACGGGAAAAUUAAGUUCAAAAUCUUCUAGAUUUAUUCAAGUAGAACCAGACCAUUCUAGCUUCUUUCAGGAGCUUGAAUUAUCUAAUGUUUGUGAAAAUCCUUUACAUCUUACUACUAAAGAGAUCGUUAUAGCUAAAAAUCCUGAAGCAGGAACUACUAAAGAUAAUCUUCAUAGCAAUUUCAGGCACAGAUCUGUAACUUUAAUUAUCGAUACUGGUGAAUUGUGUACUGUAGAAGAAAAAACGAUGAAUACGAAUUCCGAUUUGUACAAAUUAAGCAAAGUAUGGGAAUCUGUUGUUGCAAAACAACUAGGAAAUGUGAACAAUACAAUUGUAUACAAAAUUGGCGAACCACUCGACUCAUUGAUCUCAUCAAUUAACAAGUAUUGGGUAUAUAAUCGAUGUACAAUAUGUUCAGAAAGCAAUUAA